GUCCCCCUUCAUCCUUGUCCCUCUCCUUUUCCUCUUACAUAGCACUCGGAGCUCAGCUCAUAUCUCAUCGACCUCUCACGCACUCACGACCCAGACAUCAUCCACUUGACACCCGGCUUGGUACCAACUUUAACAACUCGUCUCGUUCUCGAACCCCGCACUCGCAAACUAUGGCCAGCUGGACUGACUACCUUUCCCUCACCCUCACCAUCUCCUUGAUUGCCUCAGCAGUCUACGGCGUCAUCUACCUCCGGGAACAACUUCAGAAGGGCAUCCGCGCCUCCAAAGACAAAUUGCACGACCGCGGCAUCGACAUCUCCGCGCAGGGCGCGUCCGUGAAGACGCACUCGAAGCUUGCGGACCGCGAGAACUACUUCGACGCCACACAACGGGGUGUCAUGAAAGCGCUCAGCAAAUCCUCCGUCGGCCGUGAAGACGGCCCCGAGACACGCUCGUCACGACAUGGCUCCUUCUCGAGCCUGUACUCGCGGAAAACCGCCAGUGCGAAUAGCUCGCCACGAAUGUAACAUACGUACAUCAGGAAUCUCAAGUCAAACACGAGCGGGAGGGACGCGAAAUAAUUUUCUAUCUGUUUGUUUAGGUAUUAUUGAAGGAGUACCUUAGGCACGCUUAUUGUGUACAAUAACAAACACUGUACAACUGGUGCGCCGGGUGUGUGCUGUUAUCAAGCACACGUCUCGCCGAAAUUAUAAUCGCCAUCCCCGUC